ACGUUGGAGACUGCCAACCGUUGAUUCGUCAAUUGCAAAUAUCUUCUGAGACGAAACCCACGAUAGCUUCGUGCAGCUCAACGACACUCCACUGAACAAAGCAGUUGAGACUACACAUACGAAAGAACAAAGGGGCGAGGACCACCGCACGAUGGAAUGGCCUUCACCAACCCCCCGAUCGCGACCGCAGCGGCGACCGCAACAGCAACAGCGGCAGCGGCCGCAGCCCACCACCUCUUCCUCCACCCGGUCCCGAAACCCAUAACCUUUCUCGAAUUCUUCGACGCCAUCCGCGCCGCCACCCCGCCGCGCUUCCCCCACGCCCGAACCGCCCAGCCGCGCCGCAUCGGCCUCGCUGUGUCAGGCGGCGUCGACUCCAUGGCUCUAGCCUACCUCUUUAACCAGCUGCGCGAGAUCAACCCCCUCAUGCGCGUCGUCGAUAACCCGCUCGCGAAAAUAUCGGCCUAUGUCAUUGACCACGGCCUGCGCGAGGGAUCCCGCGAGGAAGCACUCGCUGUCGUGAAGGAGUUGCGGAAUUUCAAACAUAUUAGGCCGCAGUCGGAGGCGGUUAAUUGGAAGGCUGAGGGCGUGACGGGCGAUCCGAAUCUGUUACCCAAUGUCGAGAGUCUCGCGAGGAGGGUGCGGUACCGCCGGCUCGGAACGCUGUGUCUCGCGAUGCACGUCGAGAGUAUCUUCCUCGCGCACCACCAGGAUGAUCAGUACGAGACCGUGCUGAUGAGGUUACUCGCCGGCCACGGAAGCCGCGGGCUAAGAGGGAUGCUCAAAGCCGGGAAUAUACCAGAGUGCUACGACAUGCACGGCGUCUACGAGAGCGGCCACGUCGACGACCAAAUGAUGCGGAUCCCGCAGAUCAGCUUCCGCCCGCCGAAGAGGGAUUGGAGGCACAUGCGGCGGCAGCUCGUCUCGGAGCUGGAUUUGGAGUUGUACGGUGCCGACUCUGGGAGCGAUUGGCUGUUCUCGGCGGCGAGUUCUGCGUCUGCGAAGGCGAGGGCCGCGGCGGCGGCAAGGAAUAUGACGAGGAUUCGCACCGAGGAGGCUGGGGUGAUGAUUUAUCGCCCGUUGCUCGAGUUCAGCAAGGACCGGCUGAUUGCGACGUGUGAGGCGAAUAACGUGCGCUGGUUCGAGGACGCGACGAAUAAGGACGUGACGCUGACCACGAGGAACGCGGUGCGGCACAUGGUGCGGAAUCACAAUUUGCCCGCGGCGCUGCGGAAAGAGAAUGUGCUGAGGAUGUCGGCGCGGUGCGGGGCGAAGCUGAGGGGUCUGGAGCGGGAGGCUGAGAGGUGGAUCAAGAGGCAGGUUAUCGCGGAGUUUGAGCCGAAUGUCGGGACGCUUGUUGUUCGGCUUCCUGAGCUGGGUGUCUUUGGUCCCGGCCCGGGACAAGGGCGCGGGAGGGGGAGGAAGUCAGUCAACGACGGCGUGAGGAGGGAGCUGCGGCUCGCGCACCGGAGGGCCGUCGCGGGGUUUGUCGUAAAGAGACUCGUCGCCUUCGUCUCCCCCGAUCGGAACCCGCCGCAGCAUACAUCCCUCCAAAACAUUGUCGCCAAACUCUUCCCCACCCUCGUAGAAGACUCUCCAUCUUCCUCCGCCUCAGUCCCAAUGGCACCGCCCAAGGCCUUCAACCAGGCCUCCGUCCUCUUCCUCCCCCUCGCCCCCUCAAAAUGGUACCUCGUCCGCGAACCCUACCCCUCCCUGCACCCGCACCCGCAAACGACCUACACGACGACCUCCAACAUUAGCGACAAGCACCGCCACCCGACCUUCCCGCCCACGCAGUGGGAGCGGUGGUACGCGUGGCGGCGGUUCAAGCUCUGGGACGGGCGGUUCUGGAUCCGGGUGAGGGGCCGGGUGAAGGCGUAUUUCCGGAUUGCGCCGUUUGCGCCGAUUCAUGGCAAGGCUUUUCGGGAGGGUCUUGGGGGUGGGGGGGAGGCUGAGUUUGAGGGCAUACUGAAGCGUUUCGCGCCGGGCAAAGUGCGGUAUACCCUCCCCGCGCUCUACGCCGUCAACCGCGACGAGCAGACGGGCGAAGAGGUGCUGAGGAUGCUCGCCCUACCGACGUUGGGCGUCGGGUUACCUGGCCUGGAGAGGUGGGUUCAGUAUGAGGUGCGGUAUCGCAAGGUCGAUAUGGGUUUAUUUGAGCGCGAGACGGUGGGUAGAGGGAGUAGAGGCGGCGGUUGGGGUCGUAUGCCACAGAGACGUGGCGGUGGGAGUGACGGUGGCAGUGACAGAGGAAGUGGAAGCGGUGGUAGAAGUCAGAGCAGCGGCGCCUUUGUCGGUGGUGCGGUGCUCCGGAGACAUGUUUUGGCGGAUGGCACGGCGGAGGAGAGGGCUUGGAAGCGGAUUAGUGGGAUUCGGAGGAGGAAGAGGAUGAUGACGGCGGUGGUGGUGCGGAACAAGAAGAAGCAGGAGGAGGAGGAGUAGGAGAGGAGAGCGAGUUUUGGUUUGAGGUCUGCUUGAUGAGCACGAGAUACCCCCCUUAUUUACCUGUGUUUGCCUAGACCUUGGGUAGUAAUACUUCAUUAUAUCAAAGGAGAUGAUUUGCCAGUCACUGUGAGAGCGGAGAUGGAUGAGAGG